CGACGAAUACGAGACGAGACGAUUGUAUUGUAUUUGUUAAAAUAUUAAAUUCUCGCCGUGUGCAGGUUAAUCAGUAAUCUUCAUCAUCAUGUCGUAUUUAGCUUCAAGCAUUCGCAGAUGCGUUAGUCUUAAGAAUCUCAGCAGUUUUGGAACUCUGCAACAUGCUGCAUCGUAUCACGCAAACGUAAUUGAUCAUUAUGAAAAUCCCCGGAAUGUUGGUUCACUGGACAAAAAGGAUAAGAGUGUUGGUACUGGUCUAGUUGGCGCCCCAGCUUGCGGGGAUGUGAUGAAGUUGCAAAUUAAAGUUGAUGAGAAUGGGAAGAUCAUUGAUGCCAAAUUCAAAACCUUUGGCUGUGGAUCUGCUAUUGCUUCUAGUUCUCUGGCCACUGAAUGGGUUAAGGGCAAGACUGUGGAUGAGGCACUCAAGCUUAAAAACACAGACAUUGCAAAGGAACUGUCAUUGCCACCAGUAAAGUUACAUUGUUCAAUGUUGGCUGAAGAUGCUAUCAAAGCAGCAUUAUCUGACUACAGAAUCAAACAACAAUCAGACAAGAAAGAUUAAAUGAAAAUUGAAACUUAAAAAGGAACAGAUCUGUGAUGGCUUAUAAAGGGAAGACGUAGAUAGACGUGAAUUAGAAAUUUUAAUUCUUAACCAGUCAAAAUAUUUUGAAACUAUUGUAACAUUGUUUGUUAGGUGUAGCUUUUGUGAAAGUAGCUGAUAGAGGUUUUGUCACUUAUAAAUCUUAUAAUGUGGCAAUUUGAGUCUACACAAAGACAUAGAAUAGGCUCCUUCAAAUGCAUAAAAAUGUUGUUUUAUUAUUAGUGAAAAUUAAAUAUAAAGAUAUUUAAAA